UGUAGUUAGUUUAAUCCUCACGAGGAAACUAAAUCAGUUUCAUGUCAUGUUUCUGCCUUGCUGGGCGACAUUCCUCAAAGUGGAUUGCUUGAGUUGUAGUGAUAUGUUGCCUGAGUAGGUGAACUGAGAUUUUCGCAACCUGGAUAUAAAACACAAGACCAACGAUGGGAAACGACAAUGUGAGCGUGGCAUUCAAGGUGUACUGUCUGACAGUGAUGACACUGGUGGCAGCUACAUACACAGUGGCACUACGGUACACGAGGACCACUACAACCGGAGAUAUGUACUUCUCCACCACUGCAGUGUGCAUCACUGAGGUUAUUAAAUUAAUAAUAAGUCUUGGGAUGCUGUCAAAGGAAUCAGGAAGCCCCAGCAGACUGAAGAAUACAUUAGUGGAACAUAUUCUCUGCAGUCCAAAGGAAUUGCUGAAGCUGAGCGUGCCCUCAGUGGUAUAUGCGAUUCAGAACAACAUGGCCUUUAUUGCUUUGAGCAACCUUGAUGCUGCAGUUUAUCAGGUGACAUAUCAACUGAAGAUUCCCUGCACGGCGUUGUGUACAGUCCUCAUGCUGAGCCGCUCUCUCAGCCGACUGCAGUGGUUCUCUGUCUUUAUGCUCUGCGGGGGCGUGACGCUUGUUCAGUGGAAGCCUGCAGAGGCCACAAAAGUCCAGAUUGAGCAAAAUCCUUUCGUUGGGUUUGUGGCAGUCGCUAUUGCUGUCCUUUGCUCUGGAUUUGCAGGUGUGUACUUUGAGAAGGUGCUGAAGAGCUCUGACACAUCUCUUUGGGUGAGAAAUAUCCAGAUGUACCUGUCUGGCAUUGUCGUCACUCUGAUCGGUGUUUUUAUGAACGAUGGUGAUAAGGUCUUAGAGAAAGGCUUCUUCUUCGGUUACACACCACUGGUUUGCUUUGUAGUGUUCCUGGCCAGUGUGGGCGGGCUGUACACGUCAGUGGUGGUGAAGUACACAGACAACAUCAUGAAGGGAUUCUCUGCUGCUGCCGCCAUUGUCCUGUCUACUAUCGCCUCUGUAAUCCUGUUUGGACUACAGAUAACGUUCACCUUUGCCUCUGGAGCCCUCUUGGUGUGCGUUUCAAUCUACCUGUACGGACUUCCAAAGCAAGACACCACCAAGCUGAGACAUGUGGAUCCCAAAGACCAGGAACUGAAACAGAAACUGAUCAGUGUGUGAGUCUCUUACCUGAUGGACCAGGUCAGUGUUGGGGUGUUCUCUUCAUGGGACCUUAAAGAUCUCCUACAUCGAGGGAGAUUUGGGAGCCACAAUGAACUCUAGGUUGUGUGUGCUCCUCUGUUCAUCACAUAAACAACUUUUGUUCCACUUUGAUGAAGCUACGCUCCUUCAGUAUGACCCACUUUUAACCACACUGGACCACUGACAGUGCUGACUUUUCAAAUUAUUUGAUUUUUAAUUUUGAGAAUAAUAGGGGGAGAAAAAGAAACAUGUUUGCCUUUUUUGCUUUGUAAAGAUUGUAAUCUGAAACAGAAGAGUCUUGUAAUUUAUCUCCAGCUAUGCUGGAGUGACAGGCAGUAACAGGACGUUCUGAUGCUUCUGUAAAUUUGGAAUCAGGAGCGUAUAAUAUCACAACUCCUCAACAUGAAGAAUCAGUGAUUGGUCCGUUUAUACUGUGCAUUGUGAGUGUCUUAUUUUAUCUUCACAGUGCUGAUUCUGAAUGUCCCCAGGUCACAGAGAAAUAUACUUGACAGACGAACAACGACAGAAAGCACUUGUGAUUCUUUAUAUCAUCUCUUCAGUGUCUUGUAUCGUUUUGUAUCGCAUCUAGGUCGUCCUUUUUUGAAGUCAUAUUUAAUUUUAUUAAAAGUGACUGGAAAAUGGAAAGAAGUUUUCUCACUCAUCAUUGUCCAUCCCAGUUUGGAAGCCAUAACUAGGCACAGCAUGCUAGUCAAGCAAAUUUAACUCA